CCCAAAUCCCAGACCCCAACCCAGCGGCUGUCUCUCCUCGCCGGCGGCGUCGAUCCAUGGCGAGCUCCGUCCCCGAUAACGUUUUGGUCAUGCCCCAUGACGUCGCCUCGUACGGCGAGUCCAUUGGCCCCGUCGACUACGGCUGCGUGCGGCGGUACCGCCACCGCCGGCUCCUCACCUUCCUCUGGCUCCACGGCUUCCGCGACGCGCUCCGAGGGCUGCUCAACGAGACGGACGCGCUCAUGAGCGUCGAACACCUGUCGCGCCUCGUGCAGCAGGGCCUGUGGGACGACGCCGUCAGCUACGUUUCGCGCUUCCUGCGACCGGUCACGCACCCGCAGAGCGACGAGGCCCAGGUGCUCAUCCACUUCCUCAGGCACCACAGGGCCUUCGCCGGCAUGGUCGCCGGCGAGAAAAACCGCGAUAUCAAGUACUUCAACUACAAGUACAACUCACGGUACCUCAAGCAUGACGACUCCGUCUCCCACGACGCCCUCAGGCUCCGUUCCAUCGUCCUCUCCCUUCUCCACUCCGAACGAGUCAGGGCCUCACUGGACUGGGAGCGCGUUCGUCACAAGGCCUCUCUCAUCGUCCAAGACUUGGCUUAUAAGGCUCCUGAGCUCAAAGACCUGGCCCUGUUCCCGGCUGGAUCAAUGAUGCCACACGAUGUACUUCCCAUCGGAUUCAGAUACCGUCGGAGGCGCUACGUCAAGGAACAAGACCUGCCAGGAUCUAAAACUCUGACCAAGAUCUUCCUUAAGAUCAAGAAGAGGCUACCAUCGUCAACUUGCAGUCACGAGUUAAACAGUGGAUUGACAGACAAGACAAGGAAGUGGCUGGUAGAUAUUCUUGAUGAAAGUUUACAAGCUGGUAGUCUGGAACUUCAAUCAAGUGGGAAGGAAGGUGUUCCACGUGCUACAGUAUCGCACACCAUGUUGAAUACCUUGACAGAUCUUACUAGAAACUCUGUGUCUGGGACCUCUUCACUGGCAAAUGCAGAUCCUCCUGUUGCUCCAAUUUUGCAGCCUAUGCCUUGUACAUUGACAGUUCCUGAUAAAAUAUCUGGUGCUCCUGUUGCUUCAAUCUCACAGACUGCGAACUUGACAAGUCAUGCUGGAAACUCUGGGAUCUCGGCAGUGAUAAAUGAAACGAUCCUUAAGAGCAUUAAUUCUUGGGCAGGAGCGAGUAAGCUUUUGAGUUCGGAAAAUUCAAAUCUAAGAAAUCGCUCAAGGACAGAAGAAAUAAUUUUAUAGCAAGAUCCUCAUCCAAAAUUGCAACAGAAAAGUGGGCUUUUUUUAAAGCACGUCUGGUAAGGAACAGGGUUCCCUUACCUUUAUCAUUGACAUAAGAGUCCACAAUGGAGUAUUUCAAUUCCUAUUGUUGUGUUUCUACAUGUGAAGACCAAGGCAGAGUAAUAGCUUCAAUGGACAAACUGAAUACCAAUCUGGAAUUGCAAAGUUGUUUUUGUACAUAGCCAUGAUUAAAAUGUUGAAAUGAACAUCAAACAGCAGCACACCUUUGGCCACUUCACUUGUUAAGAUGCUUGCCACUAGAAUGGGCUAAAACUUUUUUUCUGCAUUGAAUCCAGCUAAGUUACAGGAGGCUUUUUUUUAGUUUUAGUAGUCAUACUAUUUCAACAGAAGUAAGUGGGACGUAUUCUUGCAAGGCACUUGAGUAAGCAGGAGGCUUUUCUUGCUGUUUUAUUUUGUAUGCAUCAUCGGGUAACAUACUGUCUUGGGAA